AAAAAAUCAUUUUCACGUUUUGAUUAUUCGUUAAUUUAAUUGUGCCUGAAAAAAAGUGUUUUAUUUUUUUGUAUAAACCGAUUGGCUUAGAUCUAUCGAAGUUUUUUUUUUGUGAAAGUCGGAAAAAGUGGAAAAUUAUCGAGUUGAAUGAUUGAAAAAUGAUGUAAAUGAAAUUGUUCCAGAAGCAAGCAUCAGAUUAAAUCAAGUGAUGAGAAUAAUAAAUGGGAUUAUCGUCGCAAAAUGAUAAAAUGUUCAUGAUUUUUUUUUAUUCCUAAGAAAGUGUGUUUGUUUUUUUUCCUUCACUUAAAGCCUUACGACAACGACAGAGAAAAGCCCAAAAAAAAAACAUUAAAUGUAUUGAAUCGAAUGCAAACAAAAUCCAUAUGAAAUCCGCAACAGUUAUUAAAUUGGAAACACCAAACCGAAUUAUCUGAAUGAACAGCAAUCAGUCUAUGUGUCACUAAUGAUCCAGCCGAUGUAUCAUCAUCCACAACCAGUCAUUGGUCCAAAGACGGUUGUGUUGUAUCGAACCAGUAAACAUGGUUUUGGAUUUACAUUACGUCAUUUCAUUGUUUAUCCACCUGAAUCACCAGCCGAACGGAAUGUGGCUGGUGUAUUGAAUAUAACACAGCCGAUGGACACGGUAUUUGUAAAAGAUGUCCGAAUAAAUGGGCCAGCACACAUUGGUGGCUUAAGACCGGGAGAUCGUUUACUUUCGGUUAACGGAAUGCUGGUUGCUGGAACACCCUAUGCAAAUGUUGUACGAGCAAUUCAACAAACACCAGCCAUUCUAAAAUUGAUUGUCGUACCAAAAGACUGUGAUAUAUUACAAACGCUUUUUAGCGAAUCAGCUCACAGUCCCGAAUCCAAUCAACGGCCUUGUAUUUAUGCAAAUCCACAAGAUAUUUCAUUUAAUGCGAUUCAAUCAAAUGCGAAUCACGUUCCAGUUUCAUCGCCCAAUUUGGAUACCAGUACUUGCAGUAAUGUCGCAAUGACAAAUUUAAUGCGAAUUAAUCCGAAUGCAAAGCACCUCAACGAAAUGGCUCAUCGACAUUCAUUCAACGAAAGUAUCUACUCCGAACCAUACGGUGGACGAUAUGUGGCUGGCAACAAUAGCACGCAUCGGCUUGAGCCAAAUCCAUUAAGUGAAAGUGCAAGUGCAUCGAAUAUUUAUAGUGGCAAAGUGGUGACAUCAACACGAAAUAAUCCACAAUAUUUUUUUCCGCAAAAUAAUUUGUCUCAUAGAGAUGUUUAUGGAACAACUUCGUCAAUUGCAUCGUCCAACGGUAUUUGUGUCGAUGUUAAUUCAGCGCGUUCAAGCAUUUAUAGUGAUAGAAGUGAUAGAACAAUCUUAAACGAACAAACACCACCGAGCACACCGCGGCUUUCGCACGGUGACAACGAACAAAUUCACAACAACAAAGCAACAAAUCCAAAUAAUAAUUCAACGGCAUCAAAUGCAUCUGGAUCUCAAGCAACACAGCAAUCAAAACCAAUUUUAACAAAUACUGAACAAGUGCAAACAUUGCAAUCAAACUCGAUUAGUUUAGAUAAAUCUUCAUUAGGUGCAGACGGCAAUAGUGGUGAUCAAAAGUCUGAAAAAAUCAACGAAACUACAGCGCCUGUGAUGCGUCGCCAAAAAAUUGUCAAUAAUAAUGCGGAACGAUCUGUUCGGCGAAUUUCCUAUUUACGAGCGACAGCCAACGAUAUUUCUCUUCAAGAAUCGGAAAAAAUUGAAGACAGUGUCAAAGUUGAAAAAAAAGAAGAAAAAGCGACAUUGAGCGAUGAGCUACUGAUGUUGAAACAAUUUUUCAAACGAAAUGCAACAUCAGAAAAAUCAACAGAUCACGACCUCGAUGGAAAGCUAACGAUGAAAAUAGCAUAUAUUGAGAAUGAAAAAGCGCCAGAACGUGAAUGGCAUCGAAUCUUAGCUAAGCUCCUUGGCGAUAAACUUCAAAUCACCAUUCUUAAAAAUAGCGAAGCCGAAGAGCCAACGGAUACAUCGGGCCUAAUAAACUUGCGACAAUUCCAUGUGACAAAAAGCAGUUAUACGAAGCGGAAAUAUGUGUUCAAACUUACAACAGUUUCCCCAGAUGCAAAACCCGCAUCGCCAUCACCAGUCGCGAUACAGAAUCAAAAGACCGAAUUUCUGAUUCAAGCCGACGAUCAAGCUAGUUUUGAAUUGUGGAAAAGUAAACUCGAAAAUAUUACACGCCCGCCAGAAUAUACGGAGCAUAAAUUGCAACUUGCGCCGAAGGAUAAAAUUAAUGGCAGUUCGUCAACGCUCGAAAAAGAUAUGUCUUCAAAGGCUCGAACGUGGAAAGGGCUGGUGGCUCGUCAAUUCCGCCGUAUUCAAGGUCAACAAACAAGUGCUCCGAAUUCGGCGAAUAAUUCAAUGGACAUACCAAAUGUGGCGUCCAUUGGUGUUCCACUCUCACAGUGUCCCAUUUCCGAAAAGAAUAAGUAUGUGCCUUUGAUUCUAGCCCGAUGCACUGACAUCGUUGAGACACGUGGACUUGCCAUCGUCGGCAUAUAUAGGAUACCAGGCAACACGGCAGCUAUAUCGGCACUCACCGAACUUGUGAACAAAGGAUUCGACGAACAAACGCUAAACGAUCCACGAUGGGAAGAUGUAAACGUUGUAUCAAGUUUAUUGAAACUAUUUUUACGUCGUUUACCAGAAGCUCUGAUUCCGAAUGAUAUGUAUAACCAAUUCAUUGAUGCUGAUAAUCAAACGGGAUUAAAAAGAUUAACGGCGCUUAAAGAACUGAUCGACAAUAUCACGAUUCAGUUUUAUGAAUCGCUCAAGCAUUUAAUGCAUCAUUUGUUCCUGGUCAGCCAAAACUGUCAAAUUAACUUGAUGGAACCCAAAAAUUUGGCCAUCAUUUUUGGGCCAUCGGUUGUACGCAGCUGCAAUGAAACAUUAGAAACAGUUGUGAAAGAUAUGAAGCAUCAAUGCCGUAUUGUUGAAGCGCUUGUUUCACACUACGAGUAUUUCUUUGAGAAUGGAGAAGUGCCGAAAAUAUGCGAACGACCAGAAGCUGUUUCUGAAACCGCUCCGAAGGAACAAACGAACCUUCUGCUGGACAAUGUUUCCAAGAUUGAAUCAUACAAUGAUCAAAUGGAGAAAACGCGAUUCGGUUUUAAGUUUGUGCAAGCGGCUCGAAGUCGAAAGUCAAAGAAGAAACAAACAUCAUUAUUAUCUUCAAUGACAUCGGACACAAUGUCAAUGGACAGCAGCAGCACGUCAACGGAAUACCGAGAUUCAUCAGUGACAAAAGUUGAAAAUAUGACCGAUGUUGAUUGCCUACAAAGCAGUUUAUCAGCUGAUGAUGCAGCCGAUCUAUUCUGCGAAGAUAGUGGAUCAAUGUCAUUGGCAACAUUAAUACCAGCAUUGGAAGAUAAGUUUUAUGCAUUACACAAUGGAUCAUUUGAUUCUGAGAGCGGUCAAUGUUUGGACGAUACAACCGAUUCAACGUCAUUGUUGACACCUUCGCUGUUACGAAAACAUCAAAUCAUUUCACUGCAACCAUUAACAAUUGGCGACGAAACCAUUCCAUAUGCCGACGAUUCACCCGACCAACCCACGAUACCGGCAAUAAAUGAAAAGCCCAUUGAAACACAAACUCAUAGUUAUCCAUAUGUAACGAUACGUAAUAAACCGUGGAAUCCAGCCCAUUCGAAUCGAAUAAUUGGGCCAAAGGCAUACCGCAACCAAGACGCCGUUGAUACAAAAUCAAUAAAUUCCAUUUCGUCGGAUGACAACGAUACAGAUGAAUCGAAUACCAGCGAUCAUGGUGGCAAUCAAACGAUUCGAAUAAAUAGCGAAGUAAUUCGUGAAAUGAAUCGCAUUCUCACCACAUUAGAACGAAAAGCAACCAAAUUGAAUCGUUCAUUGUCGCUGAAUAUAAAAUAUCAUAAUAAUGAGUGUUGCUGUAACAGUGGUCACAUUUUGAAUAGUAAUCACAGCAGUUGCCGUUCAAUUGCAAUGAAUCGAUAUUCGCUGACAAAAGACGAGAAGACUGAUAAAAAUAUUAAUUUGGCAAAGAAACGCCAAAUUCAAGACAAUAAUCAUAAAAAUCGGCGUUACACAAAUCGACCGAUCAAACGAAGGCACACCGUGGGCGGAAUUCAUUAUGGCUAUAACAGCAAAGCCCAUCCGGUGGAACCAACGCAAACGCGAUAACACCAAUUCUAGAAGCCAAUUCGAAUGGAUCACAGGAUAAUUUUUUUUUUUGUAAACAGUGAGAAUAACCUCAAAGUACUCGGAAAAGAGAAUAACAGAAAAAUGAAUUAUUAAAAUCUUAUUUGCUAGUUUUUUUUGUUUACGUUUAUGUAUGUUCAAUUAUUCGGCUUGGUACUUUUUUUUAUAAAUAUUUAUUCGUAAUAUUUAAUUUUUUUAUACGAAUUUGUUUUGUCAAUG